GCCUACAAGGAGAAAAUGAAGGAGCUCUCAAUGCUCUCUCUGAUAUGUUCCUGCUUCUAUCCUGAACCACAUGCUGCCACAUUCUACAACUAUGAUGGUGAGUCCAAUGCUAUCUGGUGUUACUUUACAGACAUGGAAGUGAAGCAAAUCAACAAGCGUGCCUCAGGUCAAUCUUUUGAGGUGAUCUUGAAGCCACCUUCCCCAGAAGCAAUGCCAGCUCUGGACCGAACUCUGUCACCUCCAAAGAAGAAGGACCUCUCUUUGGAUGAGAUCCAGAAGAAGCUUGAGGCUGCAGAGGACAGAAGGAAGUCUCAGGAGGCCCAGAUUCUGAAGCAGCUCGCAGAGAAGAGAGAGCAUGAGCGAGAGGUCUUGCAAAAGGCCAUGGAAGAGAACAACAAUUUCAGCAGGACUGCAGAGGAAAAACUGAUCAUAAAGAUGGAACUGAACAAGGAAAACCGUGAGGCUCACUUAGCUGCUCUUAUGGAACGUCUCCGCGAGAGGGAGAGGCAUGCUACAGAGGUCCGCAGGAACAAGGAACUUCGGGAAGAGAUCUCUGGCUGA